CUGGAGUCUUAGCGUAGCGCUCCUCGCGGCCUCACCCGCACUUGGGAAUUUCCCGACGGCUGGUUUUUUGCAAUCGAUUGCUGAUUUCGCCAAUUUCGACGGGAUGCCGAGUACAACACGUUCCCAGAGCAAGAAACGAGGCAUGGAACCAUCAAAGAUCAGUGCAGAGACAAAGAACCUCAAGGGAAAAUUCAAGACCAAUGAUGGAAAGAAGCAGGAACUUCCAGUUGAUGAAACAGGCCGGAAGAGUGCAAACCAGGAGGAUGGCCAUGAUGAGCCGGAUCGGAAGGCCAGUCAUCUGACUGAUCAGGAGCAGCGCGAUGCAAGUUGCGACCAAGAUCAGACCCCUCAGAAGCCUGCAGAUCAGAACCAGGGCAACGAAAACAAUAAGUUCUCGACCCGAAUGCCAGCUGAAAGUGGCAAGUAUUACAAAGUUGCACAAAUUUACAAACAGGUCAGAGAAAUCAUAAACCGACGGGCUAAGAAUCUGCUCCUUGUAUCCGUCUUAGUCUUAAUUGCUGCAGUUCUUGUGUAUCCGUACAAAAUGUACAUGCCUGGUGACAAACCUGCUUCGGUUAGGCAGUUGGAAUACACCCAACGCAUGCAGAAUUUGAAGAGCUUGUUCCCAACACAGGGUGAACAUUUCUGGGACAUAGUGGAGGCCACAGUCAAUGGGCAUCUCGCCCAAGGCUCCGAUCCUGUCGUACCCAUUGUCCUGCUGUUUGGCAGCCGGCCUGCUGCUGCCGACAGUACAAAGUGCCUCACUGAAAAACUCGGAACUCUUCUGUCGGAAACCCUGCUGGCGAAAAACACUAGCAUGGCUCUGAUCAAUGGCAAAGACUAUAGGAAUAUGGACAGCGAUGUUGCGAAGGAAGGCAUUGACCAGUGCUUGCAGGCAGCCUUCGAGGGGGGGCAGAAGGCAGCCGUGGUGUUGAGUCUUGACGCCCUCCCACCCUGCUCCAUUCUCCUUUUCCACAGUUACUGUGAGAAUGAAGAUGCCCGGUACAAGGACGCGGCACUGAUCUUCACAGUCACCCUCAAGGAAGGACACCCGCCCAGCCGCGAGCUGAUCAGGUCCAAGCCGCUAAACUUGAUGGGCAAGGAAGCCUUCGAGAUCUCCGAUCACCUGACCCAAGUUUGGACUGAUAAAUGCCACAUGCUACCCCAGGGGAAAGUGGAGGCUAUGCUUAGCAGAGUCGCUAACAAUGUUGCCACUGUCCAAAAAGAGAACGUUGUCCCGUGUUAGGUGAAAAGCAGUGUUGCAGUCAACUUCUUCCAAAUUUGAGGACAAGGCACUUUUUAACCUUAAUACACAUAUAAUGAGUUCUCUAUCUCCUGAUCAUCACUUAGAAUUCAAGCACUUGGGCAAAACAAUAUGCAGAAUAUGCCAAAGCAUAUUUGUUUUUGUUACACCUGUGGGAAAACAUAGCUUUGUGGCUAAAACGUUGUUUCUCUGAAACCAUCAUAUGUUUCGAUGAACUCAGAAAAUCAGGAGGAACCGUUGACUGCAGUGCAGGUGAGAAGCGACAUUCCGAUGGGUCAGCCCUCAAGGCUUUGCAAGUUCCUUUGAGCCUUAUCCUCAGCAUGUAUGGCUGUAUUUUUGUCUAGCAAUUGUGAAUCUUUGGACAUGGUGAAUUAAAAAAAGUGUUGUAGAGUUUUUAACGUGCGGUAUUGAAUUCUGCCAGAGUGGACAUUCCACUCAGUAUUUUUUAGCCUGCACAGUAGAUGGGGUUCUAAAGAGCACUUUAAAUAAUUCCUUGUAAAUGGAUGUGCCUCUCCCCUCCCCGGGCCCAAAACAAAAAUUUGAUUACUGGAAAAUUACUGUCGCUACCAUUCAAUAACCUCAAUUUUUCAAUCUGUUCAAACUCCUCAAAUUUUGCCAAUCCUGGAAUUUCAACAUACUCAACUUCUUGGUUUUGGUUGUGUUUGUCGAACUCCGCACCGAGCUUGAUACAUCCGUUGUUUGUUGGACUGCAAAGACAGGGUCGACAUACGCCAGUAUUUUCUUGCAGACAGAACGAAUUCAACAACUCAUUUUUUUCCUUUGGCAGUCUGUCUUGCUUUAUUUUGUAAACUUCAAUUCACAGCAUUGUAUAUGAAGCUAUAAAGAAACUUGUUACUCAUACAAAAAAUACAAACACUGCUUUUGGAUCCCAUUAUCUAAUGGACAAGAAACUUGUGAAACCAAAUACAGUUCUGUUUUUAUUUCUAGUGAAUACCAGCCGUAGAGUUGUGUUUUAUGCAUAUCUUUUUCAACAUAACGUUUGUAUGUAUUACAGUGUGGAAUUACAUUUUGUGGACUUGUGAAAUAGUACGUUGUGCCAUUUCUAAUCACAAGCAAAAUAUACAAUCAAACUAACAAACUCUGAGAAAACUCAAGGUGUGCAGUUGUUCUUGAAAAUUACUUUCAGCUGUUUUUGGUUUUACCGUUUUUUAAUCUCUGCUUUUCCUAUGAAGGAAGCAGUGUCAGGCCAAGGAAUUGCUAUAGUUGUGACUGGUAAAUUUGGAACCGAGUUAUUUUUUCUAUUUUACUGUUUUGUAGACAUAGUUGCUGUUCAUUUUAGCAUGUUACAUGUAGUUUUCAUUUUUUUAAAAUACAAAUUGAUAAUGUUUCCAUAAACUUCAGAAAUUUGGUAUUUUAGCGCUAGACUGAGUAGUCUAAAAGAUGUGCACAUGUAGUUUCAAUCAAGACUUGAAGACAAGUGUAGCGUCACAUUUGGUGAACCUGAAUGAUAGGUUUAUUUAGUAAUAGAUUGUCUACGUAAACGAAGGGGUAGGAAAAGGUGGUACUCUGUGUUAAAAAAAGGCUUCCCUAAAAUCAAACGCACGAGAUGACUUUUCUACUGUAAUCAUUCAGAGCAUUUGAAUGCUGUGAUUUUGAGGGUCAUCUCCCAAAAAAUUGGAUAAAAAAAGUAUAAUUUCACAAAGAAAUGUAGAUCACUCAGUUCAUGUUCUGGGAGAACUAACAAUAUCUGUGAUUAAUUUAAUUUCAAGUAGGUUUUUUUCCGAGGUGUAUAAUUACAGUGACAGGCAGCUGAAAAUGUUGGAGUUGUACAUUUGCUAUAAUUACGCAUGAAAUGCACUGUUGGAAUAGUAUUCAGUUAAUUUAAAAAUUACAUACAAUUAUAAAAUGUUCAGCAAGUAGUAUGUACAUAAUGCACGCUAAUAAUUUUCCCCCAGAUUUGCAAAACUUCAAGGACCCAUAAGCAAGUAGCUGUAGAGUAAACCUUGCCC